UAGCUCCGAGCUCCCGCCUCGUCCGCACUUCGCUCGCGAUAGCCGCAGAACCUGAAUCUGGGAUCUCCCGCUCGAGCUUCUCCAGGUACCCAGCCCUAGCUUUCCUUGGUGCUCGGCUCCCGCUCAGGCUGAGGGCAUGGGGUCCAUGGGGCUCCAGGUAGUGGGCAUUGCCCUGGCCGUGCUGGGCUGGCUGGCCGCCAUGCUCUCCUGUGCGCUGCCCAUGUGGCGGGUGACGGCCUUCAUCGGCAGUAGCAUCGUGACGGCGCAGACCAUCUGGGAGGGCCUGUGGAUGAACUGCGUGGUGCAGAGCACCGGCCAGAUGCAGUGCAAGGUGUACGACUCGCUGCUGGCGCUGCCCCAGGACCUGCAGGCCGCCAGGGCCCUCGUGGUCAUCUGCAUCAUCGUGGCAGCGCUGGGCGUCCUCCUGGCCCUGGUCGGUGGCAAAUGCACCAACUGUGUGGAGGAUGAGACCUCCAAAGCCAAGACCAUGAUCGUGGCUGGCGUCGUCUUCCUGCUGGCUGGCAUCCUCAUCAUCAUCCCCACCUCCUGGACGGCCCACAACGUCAUCCGGGACUUCUACAACCCCCUGGUGGCUUCCGGUCAGAAGAGGGAGAUGGGGGCCUCCCUGUACAUUGGCUGGGCCUCCUCAGGCCUGCUCCUGCUCGGAGGGGCCCUGCUCUGCUGCAACUGCCCACCCCGAAGUGAGAAGCCCUACUCCGCCAAGUACACCGCUGCCCGCUCUGCCCCUACCAGCAACUACGUGUAGGGAGCACCAGGAGGACCUUGGACAGAAGGGGAAGAAGGGCCCAGAGGCUUGCCCCUACCCUUACUGGACUCGCCCCUUUCUCCUCCAUUCUCCCUGACCCAUCUGGGCCCCGGUGUCUGCCGGAGACAAGCCUCUGCCCUGGACAGAGAACCUGGCCCAAGCCCUGUACGGCUCCCUCUGCCCAGAGCCCGGGUGGCUGGGAAGGUUAGGGUGGCUGGGUGCCUUUUGGAGUCAGGAGAGCAAACAUUGCCAGGGGGAUGCCACCUAUUGCACCGGGAUGCCUUCUCCAACUCCUCCCUUCCCUCCCAAGCAUUCUUCCCAGACUCCCUCGGGGGUGCCUGGAAACCCAUGGCUUUCUGCAGUGGGAGCGGGCUGGGGGAGGGGCCCUGCCUCUCUGGGGGCCUGCAGCGGGUCCUGCAGUUUUCCCAGAAAGACAAAGAGGAAGAGGAAGAGCCCUUGGCUGAAUUGGCCCCGGUCCCACCUGUUAGUCCGGUGGCUCCUGGAAGACAAGGAAGAGACGUGGGCUGCUGCUACUGAGCUGGCUCCGUCCUUUAGCCAGGUGUUCCGUGUCCCAGAUUCAAGGCUGGCUGGUUCCCUCCCUCCUGGUGUGUGUGUGUGUGUGUGUGUGUGUGUGCUCAAAUGGGUGGAUGUCCUCAAAGUUCUUUCCAAUCCUCUCGGUAUCCUCCGGGACCUCCCCAUCUCCUCUGUCCCCCCCAGUCUAGGCCCCUUUCCCGGAAGGUUCACCUCCUGUGGGAGUAGAUGGUCCCUAAGUAGGCCUCCCUCAGCAAGCAGGGAGCCCAGCCCCCCAGGGGCUAGCUAAGGGUGGCCGAGCCCCUCUCCAUCUCUUCCCUAGUGACAGGAACCCCAAAGUGGGCUAACUGGUUUAGGAGGAGGGUGAUAGUGGGACAAACUGGUUUGGGAGGCAGGCCCAGGUUGGGCUGGGGAGCCCAGGCUGGCUCCUCCCUGCCUCUCCCCAUCUCUCAGGUUCCAGUGUUCUCAGGACAAACAAAUGGGGAGAGGGUCCCGCCCCCUCCCAUCUCGGGGCAGCUCGGCCGGAGAGCCUGGGGGUGCCCGGGAGAAGAUGGGCUCGGGCUGCUGGGACUGUCUCUACCCAAGGAUGUUUGUGGGCGGGGGAGUCGAGAGUGCAGAUGAAGGGGCAUUUCUCUGCCCCCACCCCACUCCCUUUCUCCAGGGGGGCCGCCCAGCCUAGGAUGAUGCUUCUGUUUGUAAGAGGAGAGAAAUCCAUAACUUGUAAUUAUUAUUUUCUACAAUAAAACGAUCCUGU